CCAGCAACCUUCAACCUAAAUAUCUCCUUGCCGGGCAUUUCCCCACAGCCGUUAUCCCCUGCACAAGCUCAUUUCCCCAACAACCAUUAUCGAGUCCAGGAUACUGACAGCUGCCUUCUCUUACCUACCGCCACUAACCUAGAUAUAAUCCCGUACUGCAGUCCGUUCGUUCUCGUCCGAGCGUUCUUGCACAUUCUUAUUUUACUGGACCGUUUCUCUUCCUAUUCUUUGAGACGUUAUAAACGGCAGCGCGUAUUUUAAAAGAAUGGCGGCGACGGAGGCACCCCCGCGGCGCAUAGUGGUGGCGAUCGACGACUCCACGGGCAGCACGGAGGCGCUGCAAUGGGCGCUCGACAACAUGCAGCUACAGCCGGGUCGCGACACCAUCGUUCUGGUCAACACCCAGUCGUACUCCGCUGCGCCCACCUCGCGACCAGGCUUCCACGUGUCCCAGGGGGAGAUCCUGGCGGACACUCAGAGGAAGAAGGACGCCGGGUACAAGCUGCUGGAGAAAUACAAAGCCAAGUGCGAGGAGCGCCAGCUGCUGUGUGAGACACGUGUGAUGAUAGGCGAUGCCAGGCUGUCGAUAUCAGAGGCAGCAGAGCAGGCCAAGGCGGAUGCAGUGGUGGUGGGGAGCCGGGGGCAUGGGGCUCUCAAGAGGCUCGUGCUGGGCAGUGUGAGUGAGUACUGCGCGCACCACUGUCCGAUGCCCGUCAUAAUUGUCAGACCCAACAAGAUCGGGCAGCCCGACACUGCUGUGCCCAUGGAUUGACUUGACGCCCUUGGGUUGACAGUGCAACUUUCAAUGUUACUGAUGUGCAUAACUGCCGGCCUGCUAUAUGGUAUUAGUACGCAAUUGCCCCAAGGAACUGCUGUCCAGUCAGAUGCCUGGGUAGUAAUAGUUCAGUGCAUUGCUGAGAUUGUCACUUCUUGUGAUGAAUCUGCUUUUGAGUCAACUCGAAAGCGAUUUGCUGACCAGUCAGAUGCCUGUGAUAGUGAUAGUUCAGAGCAUUCCUAAGAUAGUCAUAUUAUCUGCAGUCAUCUUUUUCUUCGGUUACAAAAAACAGUAAGGCUAUGCGGUUUUACCACUAGCUCAUUGUAGUUAGUAAAAUGAGUGAAUGGAC